GCUAAAGAGCUUUUUGAAUUUUUAAACUCUCACCUUAAACUUUCAGAGUGUUGGAUCCUCAGUGGAAAAUUUUUGGAUGCUGCUAUUGCUGAAGAGAAUGAAGCAAUGUAUAAUACACUUUGUAAAGAUAAAAUAGGGAAACCUUAUGUAUGGAAAGCUACAGAUAUUAGUUUAGAGAGGGAAUCACAUAUUAAAGUUAUAGAAAAAACCAAUGCAAUAAUUAAUAAAUUAAAAAGUAUGAAUAUAAAAGUUUCUGCUGUGGUUACGGAUAGUGCCAGACCAUAUGCAGCAUCUAG